AUGAAGAGAGAUCGCUCAGAAAAUUCCGUUGAAAACACAACAGAGCCCAAGCAUACCAAAAUUGACAAUGAUGAUCCAUUAGUACCUUUUAUGAAAGAUUUUGAAGACAUUCAAAAAGAUAUUGAACAGCUAGACAUAAAAUGUGCGCAUGAGCAAAUGAACAUACAGAAACAGUACGAUGAAAAAAAAAAGCCAAUGUUUGAAAAGAGAGAUGAAAUAAUUCAAAAGGUACCUGGAUUUUGGGCUAAUACGUUAAGGAAACAUCCAGCAUUAAGUGACAUAGUACCUGAAGAUAUUGAUAUAUUAAAUCAUUUAGUUAAGUUAGACUUAAAAGAUAAUAUGGAUAACAAUGGUUCAUACAAAAUAACGUUUACAUUUAGUGAAAAAGCAAAAGAAUAUAUGGAACCAUUAACUUUAGUUAAGCAUGUAACAUUUGAUAACAAUCAAGAAAAGGUGGUAGAAUGUACAAGAAUAAAAUGGAAAGAAGGAAAAAAUCCAAUUGCAGCUGUAUCAAAUAAUCGAUCAGAUUUAGAUAAUGAAAUGCCCAAAUGGUCUUUAUUUGAAUGGUUUACAACUGAAGAAUUACAAGAUAAACCAGAUGUUGGUGAAUUGAUCAGAAGAGAAAUAUGGCAUAACCCUUUGUCAUAUUAUUUAGGACUUGAAGAUUUUGAUGAUUUCGAUGUAGAUUUUGACGAAGAAUUUGAUGAUGAUGAUGAGGAGGAGGAUGAAGAUGAUGAGGAUGAAGAAGAUGAUGAAGAUGACGAUGAUAAGGAUGAUGAUGUUGAAGGAGAUGAAGACAACGAUGAUUGA